UAAAUAGGUUAUGUUUGAAUGACAUAUACGCAGUUAAAUAUAAAAGAUUAUUAUUACUAAUUUCUAUUUGAAUAUAGGAAAAUGAAAAGUAGCAAAAAUAGGUACUAUCAUAACUGCUAAUUUCAAGUGAUUUUAGUCCUGAAUUCAAUGGAACCUCCGUUGAAACCAAAUGAAUCAGAUUGUUGUAAUUCAGGUUGUAACCCUUGCAUAUUAGACGUUUACGAAGAACAACUUAAAAAAUAUAAUAGAAAGCACAGUUUACAAGAAUUGUAUCGAAACUGUUUAAUACCAACAGCUUAUACACUGUUUAAAGUCAUUAACAUCGAAAAGAAAUAUAAAGAUGCUUUACUGAUUACGUUUGAAUAUGUAAAAGCUAUGAACAAUAAUGUAGGAAAAAGUGGUGAAUUAGACAUCAUUUAUAAACCAGGACAGUUUAUCAUGCUUAAAGCUGGAAGAGAAAAUGAAGAAUUCCAAAGACCAUACACACCUAUACCAAUAAAUAAACAAAAAAAAUUGAGUUUUACUGUGUUAAUAAAACUAUACGAAGCUGGAAUGAUGUGCAGGUAUAUUAGAAAUUUAAAAUUAGGAUCAGAAACGUUAUGGAGAGGUCCAUAUGGAGAUUUUACAAUAAAUUAUGCUUUCAAAAAUAUUUUGUUUAUAGCUCAAGGUAUAGGAAUCGCUCCGUUUUAUAGCAUAAUCAGUGAUAUAGUUAAUAAUGAAAACUGUUACACUUUUUUAAAAUUAUAUUUUUGUUGCAAAAACGUUGAUUCCAUAUAUCUGAGGGAGGAAUUGUACGAGUUACAAACAUACUGGAAUUUUAAUUACGAAAUUUUCCUCAGCGAUUCUGAAAAUAACUCACCCAAAUAUAACGAGAUAAUUCACAAUACAAAAUUGGAUUAUAAUAUUGUUAAAAAUCACAUCAGUGAUAAAAUCGAAGGUAUCCAAAUUCUUAUAUGUGGUAAUGAACAUUUUAUAACGCAUUUUAAAAAAGUCUCAUUGCAGUGUGGAAUUGUAGAGAGAAAUAUAUUUGGUUUUUAGCCCAGUUUCCUACUAUAAAAUUUGAAUUUCUGGAACCAUUCUUGGUAUUCACUAAGUUAUCAUCAACAUAGGUAAAUUUUGAUCUUUGAAGAUGAUAAUACAUUAUACAGUAUAAUUAUGUCUUCAGUUCUGCCAUCAAAUCUCUUUCUGGCUUAGUUUUUGCUAUUUUUUCCAUCCAUGAUGUUCUUGGUCUGCUUUUAUGAACCUCUGAAGGAUACCUAACCAACAUUUUAUUCUUCAGAUAUCUAUUGCCAAUACCAAACAAAUUGUGCUAUAAUUGUUGUAUCUGUACCCUCUUUUCCUUAUUUGUGUGUAAUUCUUUGCAAUACUAGCAAAUUUCAAUGUUUUUCCAAACUUUUUAAACUCGAGUCAUCUUAAAAAAUGUUUCAAACUUUCUUAAACAUAGAAAAAUUAAAAACUCUAUGAAUUAAGCAAAAAAGAAGAAAUAGUUUUGUGAGAAGAAGAUAUAAGAAUACCCCUUAAAAUCGGAUAAUUAGGAGAUAAAGAAAAGUAAAGGAACAAGAAUUUUAGAUGAAAUAAACAAGAAACAGUUAAAUUAGUAACAAUGAAAAACCUUAUUAAAAACUGAAGUGUGGUACUGAGAAAGAAGUACAUAUAGCAAACGAGGGAAUUGGGGCGAAUAGAAGCAACAAUAGAAAGAAA